UAAUGUAUUUUAUUAUACAUGUAGUUUAAAAGAUCUUCUCUUACAGCAAAACUAUAUAUUUUCAUAAUCUUGUGAAAUUAUAAUAUAAUACAUUAUACCUGAGUGAUGUAAUGUUUACAGUACAUCUGAUAUGGCUGAGGAUACAGACUUACAUGUACUGAUGUCAAAAUUAAAAGAAACCAAACCCUGUGCAUCAAAUUUGCAACACAUGAAAAUGUUGAUGUCAAAAACAAAGAAAAUGCGCAGAGAUUUGAUUAUGAAUAUGGAGACUCAUGCUCGGUGCUUUAGCAUUUUGGAGCAAUUCCCUUAUUUGAAGUCCUCUGAAUUACUGCUACAUGAUUUUGAUCUACUUGGGAUCUGGAAAAGCAAUGCUGUCCAGAAUUUUGAUAUUCUGUUAGAGAAACUUAGAAAAUUUUUCAAGGUGGAGAAUGCAACUACCGAAUCAGAAAAACUUUCCUUAUUAAUGGAAGCUGAGAAAGCACUGAUUCCUAACAAGGCUUUGAGCUCAUGCAAAGUUAUUGCCACACGUAAGGUAUGUAAAAUUUGUUAUGUUGUACAUUGAAUAAAAUCUAAGAUUAAUUUCGAACCCUAAGUAUGUGGUAACAUUGCUAUAUCUUUGUUUCAGAUUUACGAGUCAUAUGACAUCCUCAACACUGAGGAAAACGAAUCUCCACGCCUAGUCAUUUUCUUAGAUGGCUCCAGAGUGUCUCAAGCAUUUAUUGUUGCAGACAAAGAAGUGGAAUUUGUUAUAGACAAUCCAACUGUUAUUUCAUGUAUUCAUUCUCUCAUAGGCAUGUACUAUGUGUGUGACAUAAUGUAUCCUAAGCCGUACUCUAAUUUUUUCCAUUUGAUUGAUUUUGAAGUUAUAGGUAUUCCUAAACCUAAAAUUCUUCCAACUAAAUUUUGCACUUAUUAAGAAACUUAACUCAAUUUAAAUCAGUUCUGCUUUUUUAUUUUCAAAUAUCUGACACUUUUAAGUAUAAUUUUCUAUAUUGUCAUUGCAACGU